CCUUAUCGCGAGCUUAUCUGAAAUGUAAACGGAACCAGUCUCUUUGUCAACGGACAGUUAUACAAACUUCAUUUAAUUCUUUCAGAAAUAAUACUCAUAUUCUUUCGAGUCUCACGUAGAUACACCAAGAUCCCUUUCAGUAUAUAUUCACCCGUCUGUCCGUCGUUCUGGCGAAGAGGAGAGCAUAAGCAACAGUGCUUCACUCUCAUUGACCCCCGCCGCUCACUCUUUGUGCUUUCAACUCUCGACCUUGCACUCAGACACCAAAGCUUAAUCACGUAAAAUACGCAUAUUCGACAUGGAAUCGCCAGGCCCGGGUGGCUUCUUACCAGCACCAGCUGGUGCAAGUCUCCCAUCUCCUGCACCUUCAUCAGCGUCAUCAUUCUCAAACAUCCAAGGUCUUCCUACACCGAGAACAAAAGCCCUGAAGCCCAACUCAAGUAAAGAGUUCAUGGUGCGAAGGUAUGCGGAGGAACAGCUCCUACUGGUAACACGGAAAUAUGUCAAGAAGUUUGGGAAUCCAGAACCCGGCGAUACCGUGGUGGGAUACACUAGGUUUGGUGAAGUAUGUCGAGAUCUCGAUAGCAUCACCAAUGUGUUGUGGAAAUCAGGCACUCCAUCCCUCCAAAUACCCUUCUUAUUACGUCUCACAAGUGACUUCACACGCUAUGUCCGCUCAUUCCCCCCAGCACCAAAAGCAUCUUUCGCAAUACUCCGCAAACUAGAUCACUGCUUCGCGAGUCUACUUUCAGGCCAAGACAUCGAAACUCACGAAACAUUACCUGGUUUUGAGAACGGACUACGCGGCGGCAUGACAACGACAGAAAUGAUCCGCUGCCGAAGUUUAGUAGAUCAAUGUCGCGUUUUGAUGGUGGAAGUAAUGCGAGAUCCAGCAGAAGAAGACGAGGAAGAGGAAGAAGCAGAGACAGAUACCGAGACAGAAGCGGAAGAACCUGGGAUCAAGGGGUGGGGAGGCGUGGAGGACGACGAUGAGAUGAUGCUACAGCUCGAUGCGGCGCGGGUCUUUGAGAAAACGAUUGUGCAGCUUAACGAGAGGCUUGGUGAUCUGGAGCCAUUGCAGAUGUCUGCCGAUUGAGGUGUUCUAAAUACAGAAGCACUAUAUUCUGGAGAUUCAGGUGCUGCGCUCAAUGAGCUGAAGUGACUGGUUUCAGGCGUGAUCAUGCACAGAUACGAGCUGAAUGCCUUUGAACCGCACAUCGUGUGGGGUGAGCAUUGAUCAUGGUGGUUGCAGGACCGAGGUCUUGGGUCUUGUUUCGCGACGAGAGAUGAACACUCUUCUAUAAUAACAUGGGGACAAUAUAAAAUAUGAUAAGGGUGGUAGAUCAGUGGGGGAUGAAGCGAAUGACGCUGACACAGACGGUUGAUUGUCAAGAUCACGCGUGGUGUAAGAUAUCUGAAUCGUGGCAAGUCUACGAUGGAUCAGUCAUUUACAAUCGACCACAAACCGAGAAUUACUUCUGAUUGACUUUCUCAAAGACAAGUGAUAACGAAACGACCA